CGUACAAGGACCAGCUGGGCCCCAUGAUGGCGACCUACGUGAUGCCCUGCUUCUCCUCGCCGCACCCGCACCUGCGGUCCAAGGCGGUGUGGGUCAGCGGGGUGUUUUGCGACACCACCUUCCCCGACGGAACCAACCAGGGACCUACCUACAUGCGCUUCUUUGAGCAGGUGGUCCGCUGCCUGGGCGACCCCGAGUUGCCGGUGCGGGUGGACGCGGUGGUGUCGCUGCGGCACUUCCUGGAGGAGAUGGAGGACGUGAGCCCGGUGGCGCCCGCGCUGCCGCAGCUGCUCAACUCCAUCUUUGGCCUCAUGAACCAGGUGGACCAGGAGGACCUGGUGUUCACGCUGGAGGUGCUGGUGGACAAGUUCGGGGACUGCAUCGGGCCCUACGCCACGCAGAUGGCGGCGCAGCUGGUGGGCGCGUUCUGGAAGUACUGCGCGGCGGCGGACGAGGACACGGAGGGGGAUGAGGAUGCGGCCGGUAUCGCCGCGUUCGGCUGCAUGCGCGCCC